CACGCCUCCUCUCGGCGCUUCCCAAUCCUCGGGCUGACCAGCCCUGUCCAUCGUCCAAGGUUCUUUGCCUUAGCGGGAGGAAUAGUGCACGAUAGCGCGACGAUAGUGGACUACCAGACAGGGUCGGGUCGUAGUCGUAGUCGUAAAACGGGGAGAGUAGUCGAUGUUGAUCGAUGGUCGUGAAUGCCCGGCCCAAUCCCUGCCCCGCUGUGCAUCCCUCUGCAGAUGCUCGGCCGUCAUCUUUUCUCUUUUCUGCUUUCAUUGCUUCUUCUGGUUUUUCUCGAUCAAGUUCUCUCCUCGCUCUUUCCUGGAUCUUCUAUUGCCCUACCCACCACUCGAAUCAUUCAUCAUCUUACCAGCCCCUCCCCCGUCUGAUCGAUCCACACUGUUGGGUCACAUACUAACCCCGCGCCUAGCGCACCGUGAUCGGAAGUUGGCCCUAGGCCGUCCUUUUCUCUUUCUUCUAUCGACUAUCGCAGGGUUUGAGUGACUGGGGGCCAGCCACCAGUAUUUGGGAGGAUUUCAAUCCAUCGAGGUUACCACGAUUCUAUAAAUACAUUUUCAAGCGAUUGUGGGAUUCGUGCUCGAAUCCCAUUUCAUCUCAUCCCAAUCAAUCCAUUCACCUCCAGUCAUCUACUCUUCCCCGCCAACCCGCAGUCCGCCACGGACACUCGCCAAGUGCGAGUCUCUUCCCGACCUCCCUAUCAACAUAGGCAUCACAACUAUCACAACCUAUUCCAAGCAACUCCUCCGGGACAUCUCAUCCUCCCAUAUCUCUACCGUAUCGCAGAUUUAAUCUCUGUUUUUCAAUAACCUCCUGCACAACCCACCUAAUCAGGAUCUAGCCCCACCGGUGGUCCCCUUCCCCCCGCACCGUGUUCGUGCCCCUCCAACGGAACCGACCCUGAUCCUAAUUCCUAUUUCUGAUUCCCUUUUUUUCCAUACCUCGUCUUGGCAUCCCCGUCUGGGUGCUCAGGGCCGCCCCAUCACACCGGCGGGAUCCUCGGGCAACAAGGAGCUGUGCUAUAAUAAGUAUCAGUGAUUCCCGGCACGAGUUUCCCCCGGACGUGACGUGCUCUCGUCCCGCCAACGGCUGAUCAGCGGUGUACGGAGAUUCCAUUUCGGAUUUCUCUCGCUACUUGACUGAUCUUCUGGGCUCUGUGGAUGAAGAGGGGAACUUACGCUCCUUUAUACCGCUCCUCUUUAUCGUCGAUCCUUGGAUUCCCUACGCGAGUUACUCCUAGGCACGUCUAUAUGUGGGCAAGAUGUCCCUGAAGCAGGAGAUAGAAACAUGGGUGCAAGCCCUGGACGCCUACGACAAUCAGGACUUUGAAGAGUCUCUGCGUUACUUUGAUCAGAUUGCGGAUACAUCCAAGAUUCUCUUCAACUGCGGCGUGAUCUAUGCAACACUCGGAGAACACGAUAAAGCAGUAGAGUGUUAUCAACGAGCCGUCGGUCUGGACCGGUACCUAGCGAUUGCCUACUUCCAGCAAGGAGUAUCAAAUUUUCUUCUGGGUGACUUUGAAGAGGCAUUAGCCAAUUUCAAUGAUACACUGUUAUAUCUACGUGGAAACACGUCCAUUGACUAUGAACAGCUGGGUCUCAAGUUCCGAUUGUACUCGUGCGAAGUCUUGUUCAACCGUGGACUAUGCUAUGUCUACCUCCAGCAGAUGAUUCCUGGCAUGCAGGAUCUCUCCUAUGCGGCAAAAGAGAAAGUCACGUCGGACCAUGAUGUUAUUGACGAUGCUAUUCGUGAAAAUGCAGAUGGAUAUACGGUUUUCUCCAUCCCCGUGGGCAUUUUAUAUCGCCCCAACGCAGCCAAGGUCAAGAACCUCAAAAGCAAGGACUACCUAGGCAAGGCCCGGCUGGUCGCAGCAUCAGAUCGAUCCCAAGGCGCAGACCACCAAUGGCGACCCAUGGUCAUCGACAAAGGCGCCCUCGAAGACCGUGAAGGCGUCUCCUGGGCAGCCACAAAUCUCGUCCACAAGGGCAUAACCAGUCGCACUCAUGACCGAUCAACGAGCAAUGGCUCCGUGGCUGGCUCCUCACAUCACCGCUCAUCUUCCCUCCGAAUGGGCCGGCCGCCACGACUCGAUCUCGAACGCACGGGAGCCAGCCUCGAACGCAGAGGCCAAGGACAAGAGACUGUCUCUACUGCAGAAAAGCCACGCAUUGGCACAACACGUACUGCAUCCGAGCCCCGAGGUCCAGCAUCCCGACACCAGAAUAUGCGUGGAUUUGGCGAACCUAGCCGCGGCGCAUGGUCUCACGGUCACCGCAGAAACCUAAGCGACACCAACUCGAAUCCCAAUUCCAAUCCCAAUCCCAAUCUGAAUUUCAACUUCCCCGAGCAGCCUGAAUACAAUCAUCCGGACUCACACACCUACGCCAGUCCCGCCAAUCUCUCCAGCGCAGGCUGGGGCCGCGGUCGACACCAACCACCAGCCUUCAUCGACGAAGAAGACGAAUAUGGAAGCGACGUAUGCGACGGCGAGCCUAUCAAAGACGGCUCCUUUGAGCUACUCAGUGCCAUCCCCGGUGCACCCGGUCCCGGGUCUUCGCCCGCACAUAGUCUCCAACAACGACGUACCCGCUCACCAACGCGAUUCUCUCGACGGGCAAACUCGCGCCGGCCCGAGGUGCGGCGGUUCCGGACCAAAGUGCAUGCGCCGGACGAUAUCCGGUAUAUCAUGAUUGGCCCGACAGUGGAGUUUGCAGAUUUCGAAGGGAAGAUCCGGGAGAAGUUUGGGUUUCGGUGUCCAUUAAAGAUGAAGGUGCAGGAUGAUGGAGAUAUGAUUACGAUGGUUGAUCAGGAGGAUUUGGAUUUGUUGCUGGCUAGUGCGAGGGAGGUUGCGAGGAGGGAGGGGAGUGAGAUGGGGAAGAUGGAGGUUUGGGUAGAAGAACGGACGAUGAUUUGAUCUGGUCGAGUUUACGGAUUAUGAGUGGUUUUGUCAAGGUGUCUAGUACGGGGGCAUUGUUAGCAUUUUGGUUUUGAUUAUACCCUUUUGAUUGGCAUGGAAAUACGCAAAUAUGAUCUUAUCAGUAGAAUAUCAGCAGCAAUGUAUCUAAUGGCAGGUUCGAUCCGAGUCAGACCAGAAGUGUAAAUAGACAGGCUGCAGCUAUCUAUCUAUGUACUCCCGUCUACUCCGCCUGGCGCACCCAACCAGCCAAUCACAGAGACCGG